CAUCUUCAAUUGCUUCAUUUCCGUUCGGUGUGUUCGCUGUGGUAUUUCUCUGGGUUAGCGGACAGUGAACUGACUGUGCAGAAAUCAGAAAUCAUGGGAAGGAAGAAGAAAAAGCAAAUGAAGCCUUGGUGCUGGUACUGUAACAGAGAUUUUGAUGAUGAAAAGAUCCUCAUUCAGCAUCAGAAGGCCAAACAUUUCAAGUGUCACAUCUGUCAUAAAAAGCUGUACACUGGCCCUGGACUUGCAAUCCACUGUAUGCAGGUACACAAAGAGACCAUUGAUGGAGUUCCUAAUGCAAUACCUGGAAGGACAGAUAUUGAGCUGGAAAUAUAUGGCAUGGAGGGUAUUCCUGAAAAAGACAUGGAAGAGAGGAGGAGAGUGCUAGAACAAAAGAACCAAGAGACUCAAAAGAAAAAGCAGAACCAGGACGACUCUGACGAGUACGAUGAGGAUGAUGAGCCUGGUCCCUCCUUCCAGCAGCCUGCUGUAGGCCAGCCCCAGGCGGCCUACAUCCCCCCGAUGACCCAGCCCGGGAUGCCUCCUGGCUCUGCUGCUCCAGGGAUACCACCAGGCAGCUACUCAGGAAUUCCCCCAAUGAUGCCCGGUGUGCCACCAAUGAUGCCAGGAAUGCCCCCUGUACUUCCAGGAAUGCCUCCUGGGAUGAUACCAAUGGGUGGGAUGAUGCCUCCAGGUCCAGGGAUGCCUCCGAUGAUGCCCGGUGUACCACCAGGAAUGCCUCCCCCUGUGGGCCACCGUCCAGGCAUCACACACAUGGCUCAGGUCCCUCCUGCUGCAAACGUGCUAACUAGACCUGCUGCUCCUGCUGCCACAGCCCCCUCAGUCCAAACUGACGUCACAAAGCCUCUGUUCCCCAUUGCUGGACAGAUGGGCAAUCGUGUUGCAAGUACAAGUACAAGUGCAGGCUCAUCCAGUGCAGACUCUCAGUCCGCCUCCUCUAAAGCUCUGUUCCCUAUCACUUCACAAAGUCAGCAGACAGUGUCAGGGUCCCCCCACCCUCCCCCCUCUACUUCCUCUGAUCCCUCAAAGCCCACAUUCCCCGCCUACACUCAGGCCACCGUAGCUGUGUCCAGCCCCAAUGCUGGCAGCAGUACGGUCUCCAAACCUCCCUCUACUGUGACCAGUAAGCCCGCCACCCUCACCACCUCCAGUGCAACCAGUAAGUUGAUCCACCCUGAUGAGGAUAUCUCACUGGAAGAGUUGCGGGCUCAGUUGCCCAGAUACCAGCGCAGUAUGCCCCGUCAAGCCCAGACCACCACUGCCGCCCCAUCAGUGGUUCCCAUGGGUGGCAUGAUGGCUCCUCAGCAGGCCGGCAUGAGGCAUCCCAUACCUGGCCAGUAUGGUGGUCCACCCCAGGGGAUUCCAGGCUACAUACCAGGAGGGAUACCUCCAUACGGACAGGCCCCUCCUGUGGUUCCCCCAGGGUACCAGGGAGCCCCUCCACGGCCACCCAUGGGUAUGAGACCCCCUGUCAUGUCUCCCGGAGGCCGCUACUGAAGCCUGCCCUCCUCUCUUCAAUAGGUUUGGACACUCAACCCUUUUCUAAUGUCCUCAGCUUCUAGUAGACAAAACCAGUAUUGGUAUGCUAGUACGACGAUAUGAGGAAGAGACACUGAAUAAACACCAAACAAAAGAGCUAUAAAAGCAUCAGAGCGCAUGGGAAAUAUUUACACUGUUGUACCUAACCAAGACUAUGAACUGUUUCAAACCAUCUCUGUUCUGUGGCUUUUUUUCCUUCUCAUGUUUCAUUUAGGUGUAUAGAAGUAUAGUAGAUAUGGUUCGUAGUGUUGUGAAGGCGCUGGAGUUACAUGGGCAGUACCCACCCUUUAUCAAGGCAAGUUUUAUGUGAACACAUUUCUGUUCUAAGCUUAACAGUGAGGCCUUCACAGCACGUAGUGCUGUUGGACUUUGUGUCCCCAACUUUGUUUGGUGAGGGCUUCAGAUACCUGUUUAUGCAUUAAUUCUGUUUUAUGUUUAUAGUUUUAAUGAGGAAAUACUGCCUCAAUCUUAAAUAGAUGAAGUACUAAAUGAAAUGGUAUGUGUAUUGUUGUAAAAACUGUAUUGUAAUAAAAUGUGGCAAAAAUGUAAGACUCUUCUUUGCGGGACGUUAGUGGGAAAAGAGACGUCACAGCAGGUUUGUACUACAGUUAUAGACUUCAUGAUGAUUGUGCUUUUGUUGUCUUGAAGAUACUGACAGGAAUGUGCAUCUGUGCUUUAACGUUUUGUUCAGUUGCUGAAAUUAAAACUGUUGGUAAAUGUUUUUUUUUCUUCUUUUUUCUUAUUGAUGCUCUGUACAUGGCACCGGCAGGCUAGCCUUUAACGCACUGAGUGCAUUGUACAGUUGCAUAACUUCCGGGUCGCUGAUGGCUGUAGUGCUAAAACCCAGAUUUCUCUUCUCCCUGUAGCGAUGCCAUGGGGGACUGGCUGAGGCCCUGUCUCAGUGUAGCCCUGUUUCAGCCUGAGGCAAGUCUCACCAUUUUCUGUCUUCUCAUUCAUUACCAGGGGCCCUCACAGCUUACACGCUGUUGGAUCUCAAUGUCCCCAAACUUGCAGCAAGUUUGGUGAAGGCCCUUGUUUGUGUUGUUGCGUUUUAGGCACCAUUUUGUUCAGGCAUGUUAGUUCAUGUGAAUUAUAUUCUUUCUUGUUAAGCUCUUAUGUGCCAUUUAACCUGUAUUCCCCAUUGAUUGUUGAGAGCAUCAGGAAGCUCUGUGGUCAUUUAAUGGUUUUAUACUGACAGUAUAGAGCUAUUAAAUAAGACAAUAUUCCUUUAGAAGCUUUUGAUAUUAAGUAGUCCUACAGUCUACAGCAGUUAACUGUCUGAAAUAUUGAUGGCUUGGUCAGAAGUGAGCUCAUUUGUUAAAGAGUCCCACAUACAGAUGCCAUUAACAGUCUGUCACCUAAAGCCAUGUAGACUUUAAAAUGUUUGUUGGGAGGUUUGUGAUGAACAGAUGACGUUUCAUAUAUGCUUGUUAAAUGGCUUUUACCACUUAAUCCUGUUUGUUUCAUCAGCUUUCCUCACUUGAUCAUUUGAAUUUAACUACUUACAUGAAGGAGAAUCUCUUCCAGUAACAGGUUAGUUAAAGCUGUAAGUACCACUGCUGUAAUUUCUGUCCACCUGUGAUUUGUGUGCACACGUAAUGAGAUCUCAAUGCCUGUCACCUGGAGGUCUUUGUGAAAAAAAACAACCUUAAAUGAGCACAGAACAAUUCUUAAGCAUUUUACACUGAUGUGUAUCAUUCAGUAAAUGAUCUCGAGGAGUAAUUGUCUAAUAAAAAUCAUAAUUAGUGUUUGAGUGUGCAACACAUUUCUUUCCACUAGUUCUGCUUAAUGUGAUCAGCAUCUUACUCAACAUCGUAACUUCGAUUUAAACUAAUGAUUUAAUGCUUUACACGAGUAAUACAGGCAGAGUCUUCAUGGGUAAGUAUGGGGUCAGUAUCACUUCUGUUAAUAUGCUAAUCCAGUUAAUAUUGAACUUUUUCUUUUCUUAAACUCUCUGCUGUGUAAGAGAAUAUCAAACAAAGAUAACCGGUUUAUAAAAUAUUACACAAAAAAGGUCUAUUAGACUUUUACCUGCUGAAGAACAUAGUUUUAUGAAGAGACUUGCACAUUUCCUUCUGCUUUUAUUUCUUUCAUACCUUGUCUGAGAAUAUGAUGGUACUGGGACGGCUUUUAAGCUUUGUAAGAGAUAUUUUUAUGCUUUUUAAGUUGAGUCAAAAACUGAAGCAUAAUCAUGAAUAUUUAUUUUAGGAUUCCUCCUUUAAAGCACUACAUGAUUUUUACGUGAUUUCUGUGCCAAAGUCUGAAUGUUUACUGUUUUUCCUUGAAUAAACCAGUUUGUAAACUCUAA